CGAUUUUUGAAAAGGACUCAACACUACAUGAUGUGACGGAGAAAAGAAGAUUAUUGAAAAAGAAACCGUGACAAAGCAAAAAUAUUAUUUCGAAGAUGAAAUCAUGUUUUCCACUUCUGGUUAUCACGCUCACGACAGUGGCAGCGACGCCUUGUAUUUUCAACAGCAUGUGUACAUGCAAGACAGACGAAGCUUUAAGAAUGCACAUCGCAUGCGUUGCAGUUCCUUUGUACACAAUUCCAGAAGUAGCAACUGGUACUCGGAUAAGUCACAUGGAUGUCAUGUCAUCUGAAAUCGAGGCUGUCGACAAUGAUAUAUUACAAGGAACACACAUCGAAUCUCUAAGGUUGAUGAGCAAUAGAAUCGGAAUAAUUUCUGAAAGGGCCUUCGCGUCAUCCGGAUCAGUUCUUAGAGCCCUGGACCUCAGUUACAACCAAUUGGAUAAAGUGCCACUUAAAUCAUUUUCCAAUAUAAAAAAUUUGGAUUGGCUUAAUUUACAUGGUAACAACAUAGAAGUUGUGGAAACGCACUGGAAUCAUUUGCAAGAUACGUUACAACAUUUAUUUAUUGGCGAAAAUGAUUUAAUAUCAUUUCCUGAACACUUUUCAAAACUACGAACUUUAUCUACACUAAAUCUAGAUAAUAAUUUAAUUACAUCUAUUCCAUCUAAUAUUAGAACUCCUCCAACGCUUGAAACAUUAAGCAUAUCAAAUAAUUUUCUACAAGAGUUUCCAUUGUCACUAUUAGAAACUGGAACUGCAUUAAACAGAUUAUACAUUCGAGACAAUUAUAUAGAAAAUAUGACAAAAAUAAUUCCAAAUAGAUUUGUUAAGCUAGAUGUUUUAGAUUUUGGUAUGAACCGAUUAGACAGUUGGUCAGGUCGAAUGUUCGGUGGUCGUUCAGAAGUACGAAAUUUACACUUAGAUAUGAAUCGAUUAGAGUCCCUGGAUGCUAAUGCAUUUGAUGGAUUGCGGUCAGUUCGGAUGUAUCUGUCAUACAAUAAGUUAAAAAAUUUGAACCACAAAACAUUUGAAGGCCUUGAAAGAAUAUUGGAGUAUUUGGACUUGGAACAUAAUAAUUUAGGAAUAAUACCUACAGCGAUAAAAACAUUAAAAAAUUUAAAAUUUUUGUAUUUAUCGUCAAAUGAUCUCAAUAAAUUAGAUUCAGCAGAUUUCACAGGCGUGUCAUCAAGCUUGAGAUCACUUUCGCUAUCUGGAAAUCUCCUUACAGAAAUUCCAAGCAAUGCAUUAAUGAACUGCACUAAGCUAUCUCAUUUAAAUUUAGGAUACAAUCUCAUCAGAGAAAUAAAAGAAAACGACUUUGGAGAAUGGGCCACACACCUUGAUACAUUACUACUGAUGAACAACAAGUUAAAAGAACUCAUCGGAAGACCUUUCAAGAAUACUAAAGCUCUUCGGGAAUUAAGUUUAUCUUUUAAUAAUAUUCAUUACGUAGAUGCCGACGUAUUUUUAGAUUUAGCUACAUCACUAGAAAGUUUAGAAAUUAGUUUCGGUGUUUACUAUGACAACUUUCCAGUUAAAAUACUUAGACAUCUCAAGUCUUUGUUGUGGUUAGUACUUGAUAAUAACGAUAUUUCAUCUGUGCCAUUUGAUUCAUUGCAUUCAUUAGAUAGUCUUCAAUAUUUGAACUUGGAAUCUAAUAGGAUAUCUGUGUUGGCUCCCAGGACAUUUAGCUCACCAAACCAAACUGAUCUUCGGGAAGUAAGACUGAAUCAAAAUUAUUUAAUGUCCCUAGAACCAAAUACAUUUUCCAAUCUACAGCAACUACAGACAAUUACUAUAUCUAGGAACAAAAUUAUUGAAGUUAUGUCACAUUCUUUUAAAGAACUUCCAAGGCUACUCAAUAUUGACUUAUCAUUUAAUCAAAUUGAAUACAUUCAGCCAUCGGCAUUUGACAGUUUACCAAAUUUUAAACGUCUUGAUUUGCAAGGAAAUCAAUUGAAGGAAUUGCGAAUGAAGUCAUUUGUAAAUUGCACUAAUUCAAAAACGCCUUUGUCCUUAAACGUAUCCAACAAUUGUAUUGAAAGAACGCCGAUUGACGAUUCAUUGACGCCCGUUCACAUCAAGAUAUUAGACUUAAGUCAUAAUAGUUUACAAGAUUUACCUUUUAAAUUGUUGUAUUUCAUAUCUAGCUCACUUAGAAACUUAUAUUUAGAUCAUAAUCGGAUAACCAAAAUAUAUAACUCCGAGUUUGUAAAUUUAACGAACUUGGAAGUACUCUCAAUCACCGAAAAUGGUAUGACAUCAAUAGCGUCAAAAGCAUUUAGUAAUUUAACUUCUUUACAAAUACUAUAUUUAUCUGGUAACAAGAUACAACAAUUAUCGUCCGAACAGUUUGCAACAUUACCAAAACUUAGAGUAUUAUCUUUAGCCCGAAAUCGACUAAGCACAUUAAGUUGGGAUGUAUUAUCAGGAACGCCAUUAGAUUAUAUUGAUCUAUCCAAUAAUGAAUUACUCGCAGUACCGGCUGGUGUAUUAUUGAAAACUGGCUCAACUCUAAGACAUCUUUUAUUGGCUGGUAAUCGGAUAGAUCAUGUUGAUGGGACAACGUUUUUUGAUGUGCCCAGAUUAGCCAAUUUAAGUUUGGCAAAUAACAAAUUGACAAUAAUACCAGACAACACAUUUGUUGGACUCACAAAUCUUAUUUCAUUAGAUUUGUCUUCAAAUAGUCUUAGAGCAAAUUUCAAAGAACUUUUCCAUUAUGUACAAAACGUUAGGCAUUUAAACCUAGAAGAUACGGGGCUAAUCGAAACGCCACCAUUACCACUUCCCAGUUUAAUUUCACUUCGACUGUCAAAAAAUAAAUUAGAAAAAAUAUCCAGAUCUUCAAUGGAAAUGUUGACCCGGCUCAAGACAUUGUUCCUAAAUGACAAUAAGUUAAGUUCUUCUCCGUCACACACUUGGUCAUUAUUACCAUCAUUGAAAACAUUGGAUCUAUCUUCGAAUCCUAUAAAAACAAUAACCAAAACAAGUUUUUCGGGCUUAUCCCGUUUGCAACAUUUACGAGUCCAAAAUCUCGAUUAUUUAGAUCGUUUUGAUGUGGGAUCGCUGUCCAAGUUGUCCACACUUCGGUCAUUAGCUACCGAUUGGCGACCCAACCUUGGACAAAUCGUAUGCGCAGCUGUUAAGUCAAUCCGCAGACUAUCGGUUCACGUGAAAGGUUCUAAACUAAUGGGACCAAUAGUCGACACCUGCGGUCCCAAAUUAGAAUCAGUGGCCAUUACGGGAUCGAAGUUACAAUUCAUUGACCGGCAGGUAUUCUCAGGUCUAGAGCGUGGGGUCGGCGAACGACUAACAAUCAGCAUACGACACACUGCGAUUGAAGAUUUGCCUUCCGAUCUAUUGCUACCACUGGUUGGAGUACCAAAACUCGCAUUGGAUUUAACUGGUAACAAGCUUACAUCACUCAAUCCAUUGACCAUAUAUUCCAAUUACACCACAUGGGAAAACUCGGGGACAAAUAUAUUGAAAGGUGGUCUGUACCUGGACGACAACCCUCUGCAGUGCGACUGCGGCCUACUGUGGCUGGGCCAGUGGCUGCGUCGGUGGCUCCGGGAGGCGGUGCAGGUGCACACCCUGGGCAUGGCCGAGACGCAGCUGGCCCAGUGGACGGCCCGGCGGGCCACGUGCGCUGACCCCAGGAACGGGGGGGCCCGGGUGCCGGUGGCCGACAUCUACCCGGAGGACCUGCGGUGCAAGGCGAGCGCGCUGAGCGGAAGCGGAACCGGAAACACGGCGGCCAAGACGUCGCACCUGAUCGUCUGCUUGGCCCGUUCGCUGGCAGUGUUCUACCUGGUCACCGUCUGGUGCAACGUCUACUGAACGGACGAGAGACGUCGUCGACCGUUCCCGAACGCGUACUUAUUUAAACUAAAUGAUAAUAUUAUUAUGUCACUGUGCUGUCGUAUAAAAUCGUGUUUCCGCUGUCAUGCUGUCGUCUAUUGUCGUCGUUCAGAGUCAGUGACGUCCCCUGCUAGGGAGUGGGCAAAAGGAGGACUCCCCCGCGUGGUCAUUUUCAUGUUAUGUUUUUUUUUUUUAUCUUUCUACUCGUAUAGGUACUUUUUUCGACCAGCAUUAUGUAUAGUGUAUAUUAUUAUUAUAUUGAGUUCAACCUUCCCCCACUCCAAGAAAUUUGUCUGGGGACGCCACUGGCCCUGACUGCGCACCCCCUCGGGACUCACUGCCAGUGAUGCGCGACUCGGAUUGAUGAUAGCACGUGUGUGCGUGUGUGCUGGUAUUGGGCUGUGUGUAUGGCUGUGUGAUUCGGGCAAAUCAUUUUCUAAUCCAUUUUUAAACGAUACCUCAUUUCUUCCUCCGCCGCUGAAAGAUUACGCCUGCAGUCGCAGGCGAGCGCUGUCGUUGAAAAAAGAAUUAUUAACACUCUGUUUUAUUCUCAUGGUCGUCGGUCCGUGUGCAAACCGGAUCGUUCCCGGCGGAGGAAUAGGAUUGACCACCCACCUCCCUCCCUCUUACUUGUCCCAGCGCUCCCCGCACGUACAGGGUAAUGGCAUUGUAUUUGCAUACGAGCGUGACCCACCACGACCGGCUCGCUAAAAUGUGAGCUAUUUUCCUAAUCGAAACAUACUUUCCCACCUUCACCUCCGACCAUUAACACACACACACACACACACACACACACACACACACACACACACACAUACAUACCAAAAGUCACGUCGUCAUAUUCCCGAUCGUAUAACACGCACGGUCCACCCUCGACGAGUUUUGGUCCGAACCGAGACCCUUACUGUCCUACCGCAGCAACAGCACCGACGGAACCCCAUCCCACUACAUCGCCACACCACGGCUAAAAUAAAAUAAGGAUUUCGUUUUGUUUAUCGUCUGAAGAGCGCUCCUUAAUGCGUACAACGUCAUCGUCUUGACCACAGUCGCCUAGUGAAUUCCCGAGUUUACCAUUCGGGUUCGUAUGGUAUUAUCAUAUUUAUUCGGCAUGUUCGUCUUCACAUGGAAAACGCACCGGACAUUUCGAAUAUGGCAUGAUAUGGUACCUUCGGAUUUCUAGGUAUCGAAGCGUCGUAUGUAUUCCGAACGGUUAGUUACUAUUCCAUUAUUGUUUUACCAUUAUCUAUACUCAUAUUAUAAGAAUGUUAUAGGUACUACAAAACCGACUAUCAUUAUUUAUUACGGUCAAAAUGAUAUUACAAGGUUUGCGAUGGUACAAUAUUAUAUUUCAAUGAGAUAUCAAUUAAUUUUGAUAAACGCAAAUUUUUUGAUUUUAUGUACCAAAGUAAAAAAUUAAAUAAACAAAAUUCCACGAUCUAUAGGUAAUAAAAAUAAUAAAAUAUUAUAAAUAAUAAUAAAAAUAAAAACUAUUUUGUUUCUUUAAAUAUAUUAUAUUUCGAUGAUACAUGCCCCUUGAAGAAAGGGUAUGUUUUACGGACCAUAGCUCUUUUUUUCAAAUAAACGCAUUCAUUCAUUUGAAUAUUAAAAAACAACUCGUUAUACCAGAGUAAUGAUUGCAUCCCAUACUACAUGGUUGGUUGACAUUUUACAUGCGAUUUUUAUGGUUUAAAAUAAUGUAUAUAAAGGAUUCCGUUGUAUAAUAUAUUGCAGUUUAUUUGUAACAUGCAAAUGUUUGCUUUAGUUGAAUUGAUUAAAUCGGUACAUAUUAUUAUGUGGACUGCAAAAUAUAUGUGCCACCGUAUACAAACAUGAGGAUGUCAGAUAGAUUCCGAUUGAACUACGCUGGAUACAAUUAUUUAUCCAUAUUUUAUUUCCGUCGUGGAAGCGUAUAACGUGUAGGGAAGGCCCUUCCGUCUGAUAUUAAUGAAACUGUAUAGAAAAAAGUCCUUAAAUAAUCACAACGAGAUCUAGUAGUUUUAUCUACUAUUUUAUUUCAAACUCAAGUUAGUUACGGUCGACUAAUUUGUAUCUGAAUAGUUUUCAGUCCUUUGACCGUAUUCAAAACGAGUCAUAUUUUAUGUAAAACAAAAAAAAACAAAAU